CCUGGUGGCCACUUAUUGCUUUCCUUUUAAAUUGGUUUAUUUUCUUCUCCCAAGAUCUUUUUCUUCCCGUUCUCCUGCGUAUAUGCCCCUUUUAUGUUAUGUCGCAAUACCUUCAUCCACCAGCCCCGUCAAAUCAACAGCACCAUGCGUCAUCGCCCCUCAUGACUAGCGACCUUUCGUCCACACCUAACCUUUCACCAUGGAGCAUGUCACAAUCUAGUGACUAUAGCUCAAGGACCAGCUAUAGUCAAAUGCCAUCCCUCCACCGGCAAGAUAGUCUGUCAGAAGGGGACUACUGCCCAACACCUGUGCUGUCACCAUCCCUACGGCCCAAGGACGAUCCAUCGGAUGAAACGCAGCUUCCCCGUGGUUACGACAUAGGAGCACAUGAGCCUAUUCACAUGCCUGUUAAUCUGUCAUUAUAUCCUCCCGGUAUUCUUGGACCACCACCUCCUGCCAUUUCAUCUGGUUCUUCAUCAUCGUCCAAGGGCUUUUUUCAACCUUCCAAACGGCAAGAACGUAUUGCCCGGUUUCGAGCUCGUUUACAUUUUCUACAACAGCAAUAUUUUCAACGAGGUAUGGAAUUUGCUCCUCCACCGCAGCACUGGGCUUGGCCACCUCCCACUCCGCGGUAUUUGUGGUGUUAUCGGAUCUAUGAUGUUGGCAAAAGCAAAGAGCCUUGGCGAGCAUUUAUUGAAGAGAAUCAAAUGUUGCUAUGGCAAUUCCCAGGCCAUGAUAUACAUAUCCGAGAUCCAUCCAUUGAAGCCGGAAGGAAGGUGAUUACGGUGGCAGCCGAUAGAGGCAUUGCUUACCAUAAUGAUCCUGAUUUACGAGCUCCUCAAACCUUUGAAAUACAAUUACUGGAUAUUGCGCAGAGGCCAGUCUUGUUGGAGCCAUUGCCGAAUUUUAAGCGCUAAAGGCGAGGCGGCCAGCCAGCCUAACCAACGGCAAUAAUAG